AUGUCACAAAAUUUACGUAAAGAAGCAGCUACUCGGGCAUCUCGACAUGCGAGUAGUAAUGCUGAACCACCACUAGCUUUUAAUUUUACUGGCGCAGAUACCGUCGAUUCAUGGACUUCUGCUGGCAGUAAGAAUGCUGAAGAUGGAAUUUUGGAAGAAGUAAAUUGGGAAGACGAAGUUUCAAACUCACC